UCACAUUUUAACCCGGAAGUAUAAUGACGUUACGGGAAGUUGUGUGUUAGAUGACGUUUGUAGUCGCUUUUCCAGUAAGGAAAACAGCUGCUGCGAGUUAAAGGAGUGUUUCAAUCAAAUACCAUUGGGCUGGUUCCACUGAAGUCUUGUGGUUAAGCUGUAGCGGGAAGUGUUUUUUUGGGGAAACCCCACCACAUUGGAUAAGCCUAAUUCUUUUAACAAGUUGACUGCUCUUUAACCAUAAACAUGGUUUUAGCUGAUCUGGGGAGGAAAAUAACCUCAGCUCUGAGGUCUCUCAGCAAUGCCACCAUCAUCAAUGAAGAGGUAUUAAAUGCUAUGCUUAAAGAUGUCUGUGCUGCCCUGCUGGAAGCUGACGUAAACAUCAAGUUGGUAAAGCAGCUUAGAGAGAAUGUCAAGGCAGCCAUUGACCUGGAGGAGAUGGCUUCUGGGCUAAACAAGAGAAGAAUGAUCCAGCAUGCUGUUUUCAAAGAGCUUGUCAAGCUGGUGGAUCCAGGAGUUAAAGCCUGGACUCCUACAAAGUGCAGGAACAAUGUUAUCAUGUUUGUUGGACUUCAGGGCAGUGGGAAAACCACAACAUGUUCUAAGCUGGCAUACUACUACCAGAGAAAAGGAUGGAAAACAUGUUUGAUUUGUGCAGACACAUUUAGGGCAGGUGCCUUUGACCAACUCAAGCAAAAUGCAACAAAAGCCAGAAUACCCUUUUAUGGGAGUUACACAGAAAUGGAUCCUGUGAUCAUCGCUUCAGAGGGUGUGGAAAAAUUCAAGUCAGAAAACUUUGAAAUAAUCAUAGUUGACACUAGCGGUAGACAUAAACAGGAAGACACACUCUUUGAAGAAAUGCUUCAAGUGUCAAAUGCUGUGCAACCAGACAACAUAGUGUACGUGAUGGAUGCUUCCAUCGGUCAGGCUUGUGAGGCUCAGGCCAAGGCCUUCAAGGACAAGGUAGACGUGGCUUCUGUUAUCGUCACCAAACUGGAUGGCCAUGCCAAGGGUGGUGGAGCACUCAGUGCUGUGGCGGCCACAAAGAGUCCCAUAAUUUUUAUCGGUACAGGCGAACACAUUGAUGACUUUGAACCUUUCAAGACUCAGCCUUUCAUAAGCAAACUGCUCGGCAUGGGAGACAUUGAGGGACUGAUUGACAAAGUGAACGAACUAAAACUUGAUGACAAUGAGGAGAUAAUUGACAAGCUCAAACAUGGUCAGUUCACACUCAGAGAUAUGUAUGAACAGUUUCAAAACAUCAUGAAGAUGGGACCUUUUAGUCAGAUCAUGGGCAUGAUCCCAGGCUUUGGAACAGAUUUCAUGAGCAAAGGCAAUGAGCAGGAGUCUAUGGCCAGACUAAAGAAACUCAUGACAAUAAUGGAUAGUAUGAAUUACCAGGAACUCGACAACAAAGAUGGUGCUAAGCUCUUCGGUAAGCAACCUAACCGCAUCCAGCGAGUGGCCCGUGGAUCUGGAGUGGCUACCAGGGAUGUACAGGAGUUACUCACCCAGUACACAAAGUUUGCCCAGAUGGUCAAGAAGAUGGGAGGAAUUAAAGGCUUGUUUAAAGGAGGGGACAUGUCCAAGAACGUCAACCCAUCACAGAUGGCGAAAUUGAACCAGCAGAUGGCUAAAAUGAUGGAUCCCAGAGUACUUCAUCACAUGGGUGGCAUGCCCGGACUUCAGUCCAUGAUGAGACAGUUUCAGCAAGGAGCUACUGGCAACAUGAAAGGAUUUAACAACAUGUGAACCCCUGAGCCUGCAAACAGAGGACACGGAACCAUCUGAUGGUUUUAGCAAACAAAACCUGGGCAGAUGUAGAUGGUUUGAUUUGUAUAUCUUGCCACAAGUAAUUUAAUUUUUUUCCAGUUUUUCUGGAAGAGGAUUGACAAUGGGGACUGUUAGGAGAAAUGUAUGUCCUGAGUUCAAUCCAGAGAUGUUUAAAAUGUCUUGUGAUGUCAGAGAGUGUUCCGCUUGGCAACUAUAUACACGGACAUCUUCACUGUAUUCCCAGGAACAUUGGUAACUAAACACUUUCACAAUUUCUAAACUGGAAAUAAAGAUAUGAAUACUUAUAUAAAGAUUGUAUGAUUUUACAGUAAUUAUGAUGAUCUUUAUAAGUAGAAAUAGUGGUUUAUUGUAUAUUUGACUUGUUCUGAUUUCUUGGUUUCCCAUAGAAAAGCUCUGUCUUUGUAUUCAAGAUAAAUACAGUAGUUGCAAAGUAGUAUGCAGGAAUUAUUUGUCAAUGUUAUAAUAAAAUUUAAAUGGCAACAUUUUAACCGUACGUCUUUUUACCAUCCCAUUUUUCACUUUAAGAAAAUCUGUCAUCAACUAUUUCUGAUUUAUAUGUACAUUUGUAUGCCAUACUUUGUAAGGCAACACCUUAUUCUGCAGGUGUUUUUGUAGCUUGGUAAUGCAAAUUUGCAGAGAGAUUUGUAGAUGCUCAAGUCAAUAGUGAUCUUUGUGUUAUACCAAACAUGAUUACUCCAACAAAUCAGUGUUUUAAAUAACUCAUUACAUUACAGUUAAUAUAAGUAAAUAUUGAGUGUUUUUAGAAGUACUUAAAUCGUGCUAAACCAAGGAAACUACAAUUACGC